GUGAGGAUUUACGACUGGUCAACAAAGGCACGUGAUUCCCGAACGCGCUCCCAUAUUUGGCCGCAUACCUGGCAAAGUACAGUAGGGCUUCAUUGCUUAUAAUUCAUGAUUGCAUCCAUAAAUCGUGCAAGCACACAGGAUUAUAGCGACAAAGAUCUACAAAUCGAGGCUUUAAAAAUCCAAGCAAAUGAGCUCUUACUUUGUAAACUCGUUCUCAGGGCGCUAUCCAAAUGGCUCCGACUAUCAGUUACUAAAUUAUGGGACUAACGGCGCUGUGAGCGGCUCCUUCAGAGACCCUGGCACCAUGCACUCCGGGUCUUUCGGCUACAACUACAAUGGCAUGGACCUAACCGUGAACCGCACCAACACCGGCAGCCACUUCGGUGCCGUGAGGGAGGAUGCCCGGGGAUUCGGUCCGGACGCUCGGUACAGACAAACACCCAACUGCUCACUCUCGUCUCCAGAUCCGGUGCCGCCUUCGUGCGCCACGGUCAGCCGGGAGCCGCUCGAGCUGAAGAGCGCCUCUCCUCCCUCUGACCGGAGCGCGACCUCCUCGGGCGGCAACAACCUGGGGAAACCCGGCGUCGCUCAUUUCACGGAGAUAGAGGACGGAGCCGUGGGCACCGAGACCGAGGAAGGCGCACACAGCAGCGGCGGCUCCGGCUCGGCAUCCCGGGCGCAGCAGCAGCAGCAGCAGCACCAGGAACCCAACGCCACCUCCUCCACUCCCACACCAAAUGAUUGCCAAACGCCACAAAUAUUCCCCUGGAUGCGGAAACUGCACAUAAGCCAUGAUAUGACUGGACCUGAUGGGAAAAGGGCCCGAACCGCGUACACCCGCUACCAGACGCUAGAGCUGGAGAAAGAGUUUCACUUCAAUAGGUACCUAACCAGACGGAGGAGGAUAGAGAUAGCCCACGCCCUGUGCCUCUCCGAAAGACAGAUCAAAAUCUGGUUUCAGAACCGCAGGAUGAAAUGGAAGAAGGACAAUAAGCUGAAAAGCAUGAGUCUGGUGACCGGAGGCAGCGCCUUCCACAACUGAAUAACUUGUUUUUUGGGAGGAGGAAGUAAAAUGUUGCUAAAAUUCACACAAAAAAAAGACAGAAAAAUUUUGAAAAAGAGUACUGUAAAGUUAUUGAAAGCGCAGCACCUUCCAGCAUGCCAUUGUGAUAGAAAAAGAAGUAUUCCGUGGUCUGAAAACGCCUCUUUUAGUUCCUGUUGUUGAUAUGGUAGCUUAGAUGUCCUAUUUGGGGAGAAGUUAAAGAUAAAUGUAAAUAUUCGGGGGGAUUUGUCUGUUGCUCUUUCUCUGUUUCUGUCUCUUGCUGUCUCUCUCGGAAGUGUUUCAACUUGAGCUCUUUAUUCUUGACGGUCUAACAGGAGUAACAUUCAGUUUAAAAGAAAAAAAACUUCUCAAACCAUAUGCUGCUGUUCAUUGAAUGUAAAAGCGCUUCAGUGUAAAUUUUACUGCUAUUUUCGAUUGUGGCCAAAAUCCAUAAAACUUUCAGCCAAUGUGUUGCUCUAAAGUAUUUUGUGUAUCUAUUAUUAUUAUUAUUAUUAUUAUUAUUAUUAUGACUAUUGUUUAGAACUAAUAACAAGCAAUGCAAGUGUAUUCAACCUGUCAAUGUGAUAAACUUAGUGUAAAGGGUUAUUCUGUGAUAUAGGCAGUGACGUGAGCUUUUUUCGCCAAUAAGCUUUUUGUAUUUGUAAGUGAACUCAUAGCGCUUGAAAAUAAAGUUUCUCUCAACUGUUA